AUGAAUGAUAUGAAUACAUUAGCAAUUCAGCAACCUGAUGCAACAGUUAUAUAUCCAGAUACAGCUGAUAAUAAUCAUGACAAUGUUAUAUAUGCAGAUUUUAAUGACGAUCUUGAUAAUCAAUGGAACACUCUAACAACAAAUAUUUCUAGUAAAGAUGAAAAAAUAAAUCUUCUUACAGUUCAACAACAAUUCACCGGAUUUUUACUUGAAAUGAGAGAAAAACACAUUUUGCCUCAAACAGUGAUCCAAUCCAUUACAACGCAUAUAAUCAAUUUACUAGAUAUCGUAGUGGAGCUUGUAGAAGAACAAGCGAAACAAGAAGGUAUGACUCAACAGCAAUCAAUAGCAACAACUAUUUCAAUUGAUGGAAUGCGCAAAACCGUAAAGCAGAUAGAACAAUCAAUCAUUGCUUCAACUCGAAAUGAGUAUCAAUUUAUACAAUCUUGCCAAAAAGUUUUCAAUUAUUCACCACCUAUAGCAAAUAAUUUAUCAUCAAAUCAUUUGAAAAAAGAAUAUUCAUAUCAUAUACCUAUACGAAACACUUUAGAGAAAAUUUUACAAAAAGAUGAAAUGAUACCACUUUUAAUUGAUAAUAUUCAACAUCAAACUUCAAUAACACAUGAUGAUCCAGAUUUAAUGUUUUCAAGACGGGAUGGUAUUAAAGGUAAAACAUUUAGUAAUCAAUCAUUUUUAAUUCAAUUAUAUGUUGAUGGCAUUGGUGUCACAAAUCCGAUAGGUCCGAAGAAGGACCAACACAAAUUGACACUUGUAUACUUCAUGUUAGAAGAUAUACCGGAUAUCUUUCGAUCUACGUUACAAUGUAUUAAUCUUGCAGCUAUUUGUUAUACAAAAUAUUUGAAUAAAGAUGAAAAACUUAGAAAAUUUUAUGAUCCGAUUGUAAAUGAUUUGAAUGAUUUGCAAUCUACUGGUUUAAUAUUUAAUACAUUCAACAGUCAAUUACAUUUUACAUUUACGACAAUUGCUGCUGAUAAUUUAGCUGCACAUGAAAUCGUUGGUAUGCAACAAACAUUUAGUUCUGGAUAUUUUUGCAGGAGGUGUUUAGUAACCUAUGAAAAUCGACUUAUACCAUUAACCGAUAUUCACUUCAUUCAACGAACACAUCCUCAACAUACAAAAUGUUUACAAUUACUUGAAAAGAAUCCACAUAUAAAAUCAAUGUAUGGUGUUAUUGGUCCAAGUCCACUUGAUAACUUAAUAAAUUUUGACACAACUGCUUCUUUGCCGGGAGAUGUAAUGCACGAUUAUUUCGAAGGUAACUAUUCAUAA